GCGAAGGCGAGGAGCCGUGGCUGAAACUGAGGAGAAGCGCCGAAGAGGCCAGGGAACCAGCCGUACGCGGGAAAGGCCCCUUUUACUCGUGCAAAAAAAGAACCGGGCAGCCGCUGCCUAGCUGACGUUGUCGGAGGGGAAGGUCGCCUCUCCUCUACCCGCCGCAGCGCCUUGCACGCUCAGGCAUGGAGGUCUAGCGCGACGGCGGUGGCAGUCUUCGAAGUCGCGCCAAAACAGCUCUUGCGCGCUAUCCAACACCUCCCCCCGGCUCCCAGCCCCACAAUUAGCUUGUGGUCGUGCGUUUUGCCCCGCCGCUACAGCUGGUGAACGGCUGGCGGUUCCUUUGGCUGCAGCGGAGAACGACGCAUCCUCGCGUGGAGAGGCAGCAGCGCAAGCAAUCGGCUUUUUGCCGAAGAACUCCUUGCUGAAGCGACGGUCGAAGAAGGAGCCUCUCGCUUUCCUCCGCCUGCGCCCUGCUUCCACCGCCCCACCGCCGGCCCUGCCUAAUUCUGCCUUCGAUCCACCAGAGCCGGAUUUCAGGUCCCAUCAUUCCAAGGGCAAAAAUAGCGGCGACCGUCCCGGCAAGCGUCGGCGAUCCCACCCACUUGGCUCCCUCCAAGCAGGGAGAAGAGGGAAGAUAGGCGCCCGGACCGACCCGGUGGUGACCGAUUCACUUCCAAUAAAUAACGCUUCGAGUGCCGGCUCCGGGGUUGGUGGUGCUUCGCUAACCCUUCCCACUGCAGCAAUGUCGCCGCUGCCUUGAGCAGGAAGAAUUGAGAGAGGGGGACGGGCGAGUGGGCUUCGGAAAGGCGGAUGGCUCGCUCGCUCGCUCGCCAUUCCUCUCAGGCCGAUCCUUAGGGCACCCUUCUCGAAACUAGAGGGGAUCGGACAAUGAGCCAGUCGCUCGCCAGACGCCUCGGGCGCUGCCUCUGGGGCUGCCCUCUGCCACAGCUGCCCAGAUGACCAACGCAUAGGCGGUUGCCUCCGGGCCAAAUAAUUUAAAAUGACGAUUCUGGAUGGUUUUUUUGCUCCGCUUCAUGGAGAGUAGAUCGCGAAGGAAUGAUGCCACCUCUUUGAGUUCGUUUUGGCCAGCAGGUCCUUCGCGGGGAGGAGAUCCUGAAAGAGAGAGAGAGACUUGCCAAGAUGCUCCACAGUGAUGAUUUUACAAAGUUACGUUCUGGUUGUAGAGUGAUUGUGGCUUAAAGCGAGAGGGGGGAAAAUUUUCAACACUCCAGGUGCCUUUUCCUCCUCUGUCUCCGUUUUCUAUGUAUGCCGGUGUAGUGGAUUUGAAUUCUUGAUGCGCCAGUGAACUGCCAAAACUCCAGGGACUUGGGCGGGAAAAUGACAGAAGGGGAAUCCUUGCCCGAGAGCCCACCUUUCCCUAGGAGGGGAGGGAAACUUGCUUCCCAGCCAGCUCUCUAUGUGGCUAUAUAAACCCUGCAUGAGGAAACGUUGGACUCCUGGGAAGGGAAGGAGACCUGAGUGGCUUUCCAGGUGGCAACUAAGAGAGAUUUGAGUAUCCUUGGGGACACUGUUGGAUCUGGUUCUGGAUUUCAGUUUGGUCUCUGCCCUUGCUUCCAUCCUCCUGUUCAUUGGUGGAGAGAUGCUGUUUGGAAGAUCCGGAGAAUUGCUGUUUGGUUCUGUGCCAUGAACCACCCAAUGUCUUCUGGUUGAUUUCCCUCCCACCUUCUCCUGGUUUCCUGGAAUUCCUGCCCUUCCUCUGCUGCCCCAGCAGGGCAUGUCCCGCUCCAACAGCGUAAGCCCUCCGGGGUUUGGAGUUCCUGCUGCGCCCAGGGGUGGAGGGACAGAGUCACACCGCUCUGCCUGGGGAGAAGCUGAAUCCAGAGCCAAUGGCUACUCCUACCCACUCCCUACCAGGGCCUCAGUCAAGGAAUCUUCCAGAAUGGCAAGCAGGUGGAGGAGUGAGGAGGAGUAUGAUCUGCCAGGUAGCAGGAACCAUGGGGUAAGUGGCUGCAGGAUGAUGAGCUUCAGGUCCAAAUCUGCUUGGCAGGAUCGUAGUGGAGACAAGAGCCAGCACUCCUGUCGGGCAGGAGAUCCCUCCCUUGCCCCAAGUCCGAGACACUAUGGUAGUGAGCAGGGUGAGGUGCGCCCACGUUCUGUGGCUGGACUCGAGGAGAAACGGAUCAAGGCCAAGAUCGACGAGCUGGAGGAUGAGGAGCAGGGGGGUGAUGAAGGGGGGUCUGAGAUGAUCUCAAUGGGCAGCUGUUGUGGAAGCCUGCUACAGAUCUUCAGGUCUAAGAAGUUCCAGUCAGAGAAGUUGGAGCACCUCUACCAGCGGUAUUUUUUCCGUCUCAACCAGAGCAGCCUGACCAUGCUGAUGGCAGUGCUAGUCUUGGUGUGCCUGGUCAUGCUGCUCUUCCACACUGUUCAUGGCCACUACCGAGUGCCCUAUGUGGUGGUGCUGUCCCUGGCCAUCCUGCUAAUGGUGUCCCUGGGGGCCGUCUGCAACCGUAAUGAUUUCCACCAGGACCACAUGUGGCUCAUGUGCUACUCUGUCAUCCUUGUGGUGUUAGCUGUGCAAGUGGUUGGCUGCUUGCUAAUGCAGCCCAGAAGUGCCUCAGAGGGCAUCUGGUGGACCAUCUUUUUUAUCUACAGCAUCUAUACUUUGCUACCCAUCAGGAUGAGGGCAGCAGUCAUCAGUGGUGUGCUAUUGUCUGCCAUCCACCUGGCCAUUUCUCUCAAAAUCAAUGCAGAAGACAAAGUCUUAUUAAAACAGCUGGUGUCCAACAUCCUCAUCUUCAUCUGCACAAACAUUGUAGGGGUGUGUACACACUAUCCAGCUGAGGUGUCCCAAAGACAGGCCUUUCAGGAAACAAGGGAAUGCAUUCAAGCUCGCCUACAUUCUCAGAGAGAAAAUCAGCAACAGGAGCGUCUCCUGCUUUCUGUACUGCCUCGCCAUGUUGCCAUGGAGAUGAAAGCUGACAUUAAUGCCAAAAAAGAAGAUAUGAUGUUUCAUAAAAUUUAUAUCCAGAAACAUGACAAUGUCAGCAUCCUUUUCGCAGAUAUUGAGGGUUUUACCAGUCUCGCUUCCCAGUGUACUGCUCAGGAGCUGGUCAUGACGCUGAACGAACUCUGCAGAUUUGAUAAGCUUGCUGCUGAGAAUCACUGUUUACAUAAAAUCUUAGGUGAUUGCUAUUACUGUGUAUCUGGAUUACCUGAAGCCAGAGCAGAUCAUGCACACUGCUGUGAAAUGGGAAUGGAUAUGAUAGAAGCCAUUUCAUUAGUACGAGAAGUGACGGGCGUCAAUGUCAAUAUGCGAGUCGGAAUCCACAGCGGGAGAGUUCACUGCGGAGUCUUGGGCCUCAGGAAGUGGCAGUUUGACGUGUGGUCAAAUGAUGUCACGUUAGCCAAUCACAUGGAAGCCGGUGGCAAAGCAGGGCGAAUCCACAUAACAAAAGCUACGCUAAACUACCUAAAUGGUGAUUAUGAAGUGGAGCUGGGCCUUGGAGGGGAACGCAAUGCUUACCUCAAGGAGCAUAGUAUAGAGACUUUCCUCAUUGUCCAAUGCAGCCAAAAACGGAAAGAUGAGAAAGCAACAAUAGCCAAAAUGAAUCGCCAACGUACUAAUUCCAUUGGUCACAACCCACCACACUGGGGAGUGGAUCGCUCUUUUUAUAAUCACUUAAGCACCAGUCAAGUUUCUAAAGAAAUGAAAAGAAUGGGUUUUGAAGAUCCAAAAGACAAGAAUAUCCAGGAAAGCAUGAAUCCAGAAGAUGAGGUGGAUGAGUUUCUGGGUCGUGCAAUUGAUGCAAGAAGUAUUGACCGGUUACGUUCAGAGCAUGUUCGCAAGUUUCUGUUAACAUUCAGGGAGCUUGAUUUGGAGAAAAAGUAUUCCAAACAGGUGGAUGAUCGAUUUGGUGCAUAUGUGGCUUGUGCUUCCCUAGUCUUCCUCUUCAUUUGCUUUGUUCAGAUCACAAUAGUGCCACACUCAGUGUUCAUGCUGGCGUUUUACCUAUCCUGUUUUGUGAUAUUGACCACACUAGUGUUUGUUUCGGUCAUUUACUCCUGUGUAAAGCUGUUUCCAGGUCCACUCCAGACUCUUUCACGGAAGAUUGUUCAGUCCAAAACCAAUAACACCCUAGUCGGGGUCUUCACUAUUGUAUUGGUUUUCCUCUCAGCCUUUGUCAAUAUGUUCACCUGUAGUACUGUGGACCUUGUCGACUGUAUAGCUGCAGAGCAUAAUCUCACUCCUCCUGAGGUGAAUUUGUGCCAUAUUAGGGAUUCCAAUUAUAGCCUGGAAACCACAGAAGGAUUCUGUGCUACUUCCCAGCCAAAUUGUAACUUUCCAGAGUACUUUACCUACAGUGUUUUACUGACCCUCCUGGCCUGCUCCGUGUUCCUUCAGAUCAGCUGCAUCGGGAAACUCAUUUUGAUGUUGAUUAUUGAAUUUAUAUAUGUCCUCAUUGUGGAAGUGCCAGGCCUUACCCUCUUCGAUAAUGCAGACCUUCUGGUUAUAGCCAACGCCAUAAAAACAAGUAUGAAUGAGACUGAGAAUGGAAUAUGUCCUUCCAAUGUGUCCAGGGUUGCUUUGAAGAUUGUAACCCCUGUUGUCAUCACUGUUUUUGUCUUGGCGGUCUAUCUACAUGCACAGCAGGUGGAAUCCACAGCGAGGUUGGAUUUCCUUUGGAAGCUUCAGGCUACUGAAGAAAAGGAGGAGAUGGAGGAGCUGCAGGCCUACAAUCGACGGCUUCUCCAUAAUAUCUUGCCAAAGGAUGUAGCAGCCCACUUUCUUGCACAGGAGCGGAGAAAUGAUGAACUGUAUUACCAGUCCUGUGAAUGUGUGGCUGUCAUGUUUGCUUCCAUCAGCAACUUCUCCGAAUUCUAUGUGGAGUUAGAGGCCAACAAUGAAGGGGUGGAGUGCUUGAGGCUCCUCAAUGAAAUCAUUGCUGACUUUGAUGAGAUAAUAAGUGAAGACCAAUUUCGACAGCUGGAAAGUCAAACAAUAGGGAGCACAUAUAUGGCUGCUUCGGGUCUUAAUGAUUCCACGUAUGACAAGGUGGGCAAAACGCAUAUCAAGGCCCUGGCAGACUUUGCAAUGAGGUUAAUGGAUCAAAUGAAAUACAUCAAUGAGCAUUCGUUCAACAAUUUCCAGAUGAAAAUAGGGCUCAAUAUUGGUCCAGUAGUAGCAGGGGUCAUAGGUGCACGUAAGCCCCAGUAUGAUAUUUGGGGCAACACUGUGAAUGUAGCUAGUCGAAUGGACAGUACAGGAGUCCCCGAUAGGAUUCAGGUCACUACGGACAUGUAUCAGGUUUUAACCAUCAACAACUAUCAACUAGAAUGCCGAGGGGUUGUGAAAGUCAAAGGUAAAGGAGAAAUGACCACCUACUUCUUAAAUGAAGGCCCACCAGCAAGUUAGCGACAGUGGGCAAGGAUGACUCCA